UUAUUUUCUUACAAGUACAUAAUAUUAUGAAAUAUCAGUUUGCGGACAGUACUUGCUAUGCCCUGGGACUGUCUCUUACUGCGAAAUAGUAAUUGUUAAAUAUAUUAAUUGUGGUUUGCGGACAGUACAUGUUAUAAAUAACUAGGGACUGUCUCUUGCCGUGAAUUCUACCUACUUAGCUUUACGUGCUCUGCGGACAGUACGUGUUACUUUAACUGGGGACUGUCUCUCAGCACAGUGGCUUAGAAGUGGUAUGUCUUUUCAGACUACGACUACAUCGGGUUGACUGAUGAUGAGGAUGCGUAUGUAGAUCUACCCGCGCCACAGUCGGAAACCGAUGGAAGGCCACCAGAAUCUGGUGAUGAGAACAAAACUGAAAUGACUUCGUCAAUACCCUCUGCCGUAACAGUUCCAUCGAAUAAUGUCGUUCCAUCGACUUCGACGACUACGGAACCUUCCACGUCAGCCGAACCAGUGGCAGUUGCAGUCGAAGACUCCUCCAACUUAGACAACGAUCUAUUGGACAUACUGGGGAUUGAUCCCACCACUGAUAAGAAAUACGGUAAAGAUUUACACAAAGAUCUUUCCGUUAGAUUACAACAUUGGACCACUGUUGGUCUUGACAAGGACCUUAAAAAGGAGUUAAAAGAUAGAUAUUUAACGCCCGGAAAUUGCAAAUUGAUUGAUCCACCAAUUUUGAAUGCAGAAAUGAAAGCUGCUAUUUCUGACAUCAAUGUUAAACGUGAUAAGGCUAUUGAAGCUAAACAGAAGGUACUUACCUCUGCUAUAGUCUGUCUAGGAGAAGCUAUUACGCUUCUUUUACCAUCUAAAGACAAGGAUACCAAUCUUAUAAAGUUGCUGAUGGACGCAAUUCGAAUAAUUUGUGAAUGCCAACAUAGUGACA